AUGGAGGUCGACCGCUUCACCAAAUAUCUCGCCGCCACAGGCUUUUCAGAUCGCGAAGAAGAGAUCAGAACAUAUGUUGCACAAGGUGCCGAAGAUGUACGCGCCAUCAUGACUUCUCCCUUCUCUUCGGAUGAAGUACGAGAAAUUGCAACUCGUAAGGUUCCCCCAGCCGCUCGUGGACGCCAAGUCACCGGCAUCAUCUGGUACCUCACUUCACUAGCGGUUGAACGCAACCAGGCUUUUCGAUCUGGUGCUUUCCUCUGCCUAGAUCCAGAUGGCCGACUCUCUGCUUUCUUCUUGGCUAUAGGCACUCCGCGAACCAGCAGUCAUCUCAGGCGUCACAGCGCGCCGGGCUGUACCGGCGGUGUUGACCUUGUUGUCGAUGGCGCUUUACCACCACUCGCCAAUGACCACCGACACGUGCUGUUCACGGCUAUUUUUAAUGAUAAGCACCGUGGGAGCUGUUUGUUCCUGAAACCCGAGCCGUAUGGGGUCUCUGGAAUUAAAGACUUUGGCCACCACGCUGAUCGCUAUGUCCGCUCCCUCGGACGCCGGUUCCGGUUCGGCGGCAAUGAGCGUGACGGCAUGCGAAAGGAGCGCAUUCCGGAUCGCUUGGUCAAAGCUUUUGCCGAAGCAGUGGCCCAUCUUCCGGAUGCCGCGAGUGCCAUUGCGGAUGUUGGCAAGAAAGGAGCAGGCCAAGGCAUUGCCGGGAUGCAUUCUUAUCUUACCACUAAGACGCACGACUCAAGUCUCUCCAAUAUUGCUAUGGUGGAACUGCUGCAUCAACUGGAAGCGGAGUACGACUUUGUUAGUUUCCGGUUUGGCAACGAGGUUUGCCUCGAUCUCGGGCUUGAGGUGUCCAAGCCACUGCCUAAAGCUCCAGGAGUUCUCGGCCCGUCGCCGUCCCUUUCGUGGUUACAAAUUGGAAACCCCAAGAUUGAGAUGCCUGUGAUAACUACAGAAAUGCUUGAGUCGGUUACUGGUCUCUGA